CUCGAUAUCAUGUGCGGCAACCUGACGACGACCAACAACCAUCCAUUCGUGAUUUACGGAGAAUGUCACUCGCGUCCAAGGUGGUUUUCGGAUUUUGUUGCGUGACAUCCGUCGGAAUAAUAUUCUACGUGCAUUACAAGCAGGCGUACGACAGGAAGCAACUUCACUUGGGUGUGAUACACGACAUCGAGCGACGUGAGCGCCGAAAAGCGGAAAAUGUCUACGUUCUGCAGCAGCAGGCCGAACUGACCAAGGAGCUUCGCAGAGGAGCGAACGUUGGCGAAAAUAACACGUAAAGCGUGAAGCCUGGAGCCUUG